AUGUCUUACGGAGCAAAAGCGGCUGAAAGAUUAGCUAACAAGAUCAUUCUUAUCACUGGAGCUUCUGCAGGAAUUGGUGAAGCAACUGCUAAAGAGUUUGCUUCAGCAGGAAAAGGUAAUAUCAAAUUGAUCUUGACUGCUAGAAGAAAGGAUAAGUUAGAGAAUCUUGCUAAAAGCUUGAAGGAAGAGUACCCUCAAAUUAAGGUCUUACCGUGUGAACUUGAUGUCUCUAAGGUUGACACGAUCCAGAAGUUUGUCGAUGAUUUACCAAGCGAAUUUGCGGAUGUGGAUGUCUUGAUAAACAAUGCUGGAAAAGCACUAGGACGUGAUCCUAUUGGAACCAUUUUGACCGAAGAUAUUAAAGAAAUGUUUCAGACAAACGUGCUUGGUUUAAUCACACUUACUCAGGCUAUUUUGCCAAUAUUCAAGAAAAAAGACUCUGGUGAUAUUGUUAACAUGGGCUCAAUCGCCGGAAGAGACCCCUACCCAGGUGGAGGUAUUUACUGUCCAACGAAAGCCAGCGUCAAGUCUUUUUCGAGUGUCUUAAGAAAGGAAUUGAUAAACACCAAGAUUAGAGUGAUGGAAGUCGAUCCUGGUAACGUCGAGACUGAAUUUUCUAAUAUCAGGUUCAAGGGAGAUUUAGAAAAAGCCAAGGCUGUGUAUGCUGAUACUGUGCCGUUAGUAGCUGAAGAUGUGGCUGAAGUUAUUGUCUUUGGAGUUACAAGAAAACAGAACACUGUGAUUGCAGAAACCCUAGUAUUCUCUACCAAUCAAGCCAGUUCGGUACAUCUCUACAGAGGUUCCGUUUAA